UCGCGCAGCGCUGGCAGCCGCAGGGGAGCCGAGCCCCGGAGCAGCGGCACCCACUGCGGGAGGGCGGCGACCGCGGCCGGGGCCACCUCGGGAGGCGACAUGGCCGAGUUCCCGUCGAAAGUGAGCACGCGGACCAGCAGUCCCGCGCAGGGCGCCGGCGCCUCGGUCUCGGCGCUGCGCCCGGAUCUGGGCUUCGUGCGCUCCAUCCUCGGGGUGCUCAUGCUGCUGCAGCUGGUGCUGGGGCUGCUGGUGUGGGCCCUGAUUGCUGACACCCCGUACCACCUGUACCCGGCCUACGGCUGGGUGAUGUUCGUCGCUGUCUUCCUCUGGCUGGUGACAAUCGUCUUCUUCGUCCUCUACCUGUUUCAGCUGCACCUGAAGUUGUACAUGGUGCCCUGGCCACUCGUGUUAAUGAUCUUCAACGUGACUGCCACCGUUCUCUAUGUCACCGCCUUCAUCACCUGCUCUGCAGCAGUUGACCAGACUUCCUUGAAGGGCUCCCGGCCAUACAACCAGCGUGCAGCUGCCUCUUUCUUUGCCAGUCUGGUGAUGAUCGCCUACGGAGCCAGCGCCUUCUUCAGCUUCCAGGCCUGGCGAGGAGUGGGCAGCAACGCAGCUACCAGUCAGGUGGCUGGUGGCUACGCCUAG